AUGGAUGAAGAAAAGUUUGACGUCGUCAUUGUCGGUGCCGGCUGGUACGGACUUAUCGCUGCAGCAACAUACCUGCAACUGGUCCCUGACAUCAAUCUCUUGAUAGUUGAUAACAGCGCCUCGAUUGGCGGUGUUUGGAGUAAGGAGAAGAUAUAUCCCAAUCUUUUUGCUCAAGUUGGCCAUGGCUUAUUCGAGUACUCCUUCUAUCGCAUGAAAAAGGAAGGACUCUCGCCCGACCGAUACAUAUCCGGUCAGACGAUACAUGAUUACCUUAAUGAUUUUGCUCGCGACUAUGACCUAGUUCGUCGAAUACGGCUAAAUGUACAGGUUACUAAGGUUGAGCAUUUAGAUGGGUCUGGAUGGCGCCUUUAUUGUCAUGACGGCCACACAAUUCGAGGCGACAAAAUAAUAUACGCCUCAGGUGUAUCUUCGGAUCCAUACACUCCAACUAUCCCUAAUAAAGACUUCACAAAACCAGUCAUUCAUUCCUCGCAGAUACCUUCCUCACUGGAAGCCCUCCAAGGCCCUGAAACAAAACGCGCGACUGUUGUUGGUGCAGCCAAGUCUUCAUACGACACCGUGUUUUUGUUGUUGAAAGCAGGAAAAAGUGUUGACUGGAUUAUCCGCGAGGAGGGCGCAGGCCCUCUGGCAAUUAUGCCUCCUCGUCUUCUUGGUGUCCUCAACACCGUUGAUGUCAUGGCCACUCGUGCUCUCGCUGCUUUCAGCCCGGCUAUUUGCAACACUAGUGGCUUGUGGUAUAAAUUUCUACAUCGGACUAGAGUUGGGCGGGCCAUGACUAAAUUCUUCUGGCGAAAUGUCACUCGUGCUGCUGAGCAUCACGCCGGUUAUUCAAAGAAUGCGAACGCGGCUAAACUGAGGCCAGAGCCACAUGGAUACGGAAUAUUCUGGUGUAAUGCCGGGCUGGGGCUGGCCAGUGUGCCAAAUUUCUGGAAAGUCUUUCAUGCAGGAGAUUGUACGGUUCACCGAACAGAGAUAGCUGAAUUAUCUGACGAGAAAUUCAUCACUCUCGCAAACGGCGUCAAGAUUGAGAGUGAUUACCUCAUUCUUUGCACCGGCUGGACAGCCAACCUAGGUAGCUUUGAUGCAUCGCUUCGAGCCAAAAUUGGCUUGCCCUCACAGGCUGACUUCAGCAAGGCAUGGCAGAAGUUGGACAUGAUAGGUGAAGAAAAUGUCAAUAGAUUGCUGCCAAUGCUGAAAACCCCGCCUGAUACCACGCGACGAACCACUGAACGCCGUCCUUGGAGGCUAUACAGGCGUCUAAUCUCCCCAAACCUGACCGCCCAAGGAGACCGGUCGAUUUUCUUUCCUGGGCAAAUACACUCAGUUUAUACUCCACUGGUAGCUGAGCUGCAGGCGCUAUGGGGGAUAGCAUUUAUGCUGGGCAUGAUUGACGUACCCGAGAAAGAGGACAUGGAAGUCGAGAUUGCCACCUGGAAUGCAUGGACCCGAAAGCGAUAUUUGGAACAAGGGCGGAAACACGCCUAUUCUAUUUACGAUUAUCUCGCUUACAUCGAUACGCUGUGUCGAGACCUUGGUAUUAACACGCGUCGGAAGAGUAAUCCUAUUUCCGAGAUGUUUACACCAUAUCGUCCCUCUGACUAUAAUGGCUUGAUCAAAGAGUUUUUGCAGGCGCAAAAACAAAAAGGAGCCUUAAAAGAUGCUUAUCAUGAUUGA